UGACUGAGCUCCGCCACCCGAACAAGCUGUCAGCAAGAGGUCUGGGCAGUGGGAAGAAGAUGGCAAAUAUCUCCCUCCUACUCUCCAUUUGUCUUCUGGGAGCUUGUUUUGGUGAUGAAAACACAGUGUUCAUCGAGAACAAAGAGGCAAGCUCGGUUCUGCAGAGGCAAAGGAGAGCCAACUCAAACAGGCUGGAAGAGGUUAUUCCUGGGAACCUCGAGAGGGAGUGCAUAGAAGAAAAGUGCAGCUAUGAAGAAGCCCGAGAAGUGUUUGAAAACGAAGAGAGGACGAUGCAGUUUUGGCAAACAUACAUUGAUGGAGAUCAGUGCAACCCCAAUCCCUGCAAAAACGGAGCCGUGUGCAAGGACCAGAUAAAUUCCUACGUGUGCUGGUGCCCAGCUGGGUAUGAAGGCAAGAACUGUGAGAUAGACUUCACUUGUGCUAUUAAAAAUGGAGGCUGCAAGCACUUUUGCAGUCAUGACCCCCCGCAGAAGGUUGUGUGUUCCUGUGCCGCUGGCUAUAAACUUCACGAAGAUGGAAAGUCCUGCGAACCUACAGUGCCCUAUCCCUGCGGGAGGAUCACGGCUCCUGAGGCCAAGAGGAAGCUCACCCGCUCAAUGAACACCUUCGAGCACUGGAACAUCACUGGCGACGACCCUGAUGAUGCCCAUGACGAGGUGCUCAACAACACCACGGAAACCAGCACUGCUGCCACCACGAGGAUCACCCCCGUGCUCAGGACGGGCACACGGGUUGUCGGCGGGUCAGAGAGCAUGAAAGGAGAGGUGCCCUGGCAGGUUUUGCUGGUGAACAGCCAUGGCUUGGGCUUCUGCGGCGGGUCCAUCAUCAACGAGAAGUGGGUGGUGACGGCGGCGCACUGCCUGAAGCCAGGGUACACCCACAACCUCAGUGCCGUGGCAGGUGAACACAAUGUGGAGAGCGAUGACCACACAGAGCAGUGGCGUAAGGUGGUGAGACUGCUUCCCCACCCCACGUACAACGCUGCCAUCAACGAGUACCACAACGACAUUGCCCUCCUGGAGCUGGACCAGCCCCUCACCUUCAACAGCUACGUCACCCCCAUCUGCCUGGGCAGCCGCGAGUUCACCAACGCUCUGCUGAAACAAGGCAUCGGCACGGUCAGUGGCUGGGGCAAACAGCUCUUCCGCGGCCGCACGGCCACCACCCUGCAGGUCCUCAGGGUGCCCUUUGUUGACCGGCCCACCUGCCUCAAGAGCACCUCCACCACCAUCCUGCACAACAUGUUCUGUGCAGGCUUCCCGUCCGGGGGCAGGGACACCUGCGAGGGGGACAGCGGGGGUCCCUACACCACGGAGAUCGAGGGCACCUGGUUCCUCAUAGGCAUCACCAGCUGGGGAGAGGAAUGUGCCCUGCCAGGCAAAUACGGCAUCUACACCAGGGUCUCGAAGUACGUGAACUGGAUAAAGCAAACCACGAGGCUCACCUAACCCAGGGGAGCACGAUGCCGUGCUGGGGAGGCUGCACGGUGCUGGAGGAUGGACUGGGUAGCUGAAGAGGGACCACAGCAAGCUCUGUGGUAUUGAGAUAUCAUUGCAUUUUAAUAAACAUUUCUAAAUGAAAUAACUUUUGCUCUUGGAAGGCAGAAAGUUGAGAGAAUGCAAUGAAAAUGUGGUAAUAAGGAAAUAAAAAGCCCUUUUAAUGA